CCCCAUGUCGUCUCCAAAGUCUCAUUUAGAAGAGAGACAGCUAUUAGUGCUCCAACAAGGUUUGUCUCAUUUGCAGAACAAGAACAUAAAGCCUUGAGAGAGAGAGAGAGAGAGAGAGAGAUGGGGAGGGCUCCAUGCUGUGACAAGGCAAAUGUGAAGAAGGGUCCAUGGUCACCAGAGGAAGAUGCUAAACUUAGAGACUACAUAGAGAAGAAUGGCACUGCUGGAAAUUGGAUUGCUCUUCCUCAGAAGGCUGAUCUCAAGAGAUGUGGAAAGAGCUGCAGGCUGAGAUGGCUUAAUUAUCUCAGGCCCAACAUUAAGCAUGGUGAAUUUUCCAUUGAGGAAGACAGAAUUAUUUGCACCCUUUAUGUUACCAUUGGCAGCAGGUGGUCAAUAAUAGCUGCUCAGCUACCGGGUAGAACCGACAACGACAUCAAGAACUACUGGAACACCAAGCUCAAGAAGAAGCUCAUGAGUGUGAUUCCUCAAUUCAACCAGAGAAGAGCCCCACCACCAUUCCCAGAUUCUUACCAGGACUCCCCACUAUCUUUAUCAUCUCAGAUGCUUCCACCAUUGUCCUUAGACAGCAAUUCGCAGUACUACACUUGCAGUCUAAACAAACAACCCGCUAGUCAGGAAUUCGCCUCAUUGCCACAGUACCUCUCGACAAAUGACAACAAUUCGUUGGGAAACCCAAACAAUUGCUCAUCUUUUCAAGCCCCAGAAGGUUAUUAUAGUCCACUGAAAGAGAGCAACAACUUCCUGUCUGGGGGUGAAGGAAGUUGCAGCUGUUCUGAUGGUAGCAGCGGUGGUCAGCUUGGCCGAGCAGGAGAGAUCAUCAAGCAAGAAGACAUGGGGUUUCAGGAUUAUAGUACCUACACUGACUAUGCCUACCAAUGUGUCGAAAAAACGAAUGGCUACUUCAGCGAAAAUAUUGCUGAGAGCUAUAAUUUGGACGACGUCAAGAGGCUGAUAGGCAGUACUAGUUUAAGCUGCAACGGCUCCAUCUUAGAUGAAAACAGAGAAGAACUGGACCUCAUGCCAAUGUACUAUUUCUGAUUCGCUGACUAUAAAUAAGAUCACAUAUAUUGCAGAAAGAUCGGAUCCAAUUCAGUUUCUAGAACUAGGGUCUUGUUUUCUGCCCCAUUGAUGUGCUCCUCUCUUGGUUUCGACAUCACAUGGAGAGGCAAUGGGACGAGCGUGAAAGUUCAAAUAAGGGUUGUCGCCUGAUUGGGGGAAAAAAAAAAAAACUUAGAAACGCGCCCGACGUUGGGAUCUGAUCCGACAAAGUAUCUCAGAAGAAGCACAUACACCAACAGCUCUCGAGAGGGUGAACUGCUUACUUACUACUUAUGUCAUGAUAGAAGAUAGACAGUUUGCUUGCUAGGCAAAUGAUAAUUUCCUAGUUCAUUCGAACUCGGGGGAAAGUCAGUUGAUUAGUAGAUGAAGUAUUCAGAGUAUCACUUCCUCUUUGAUCCCCUUGAAUUCCAUAUUUGAUGUUGUGAUCGGAUCUAUUCAAAUAGAGGAAUCGAUUGUGCUU